AUGACUGAACGACGCCCCUCAGGGUUAGAAAGGAGUCCGACUGCGCCGUCGAUUUUGUCGAAUGGCCACUUUGCUUCGGUUGGCGCCGAAGGCGAUGCCGCUUCCUACGAGCAUGGUGUGCAGGUGAUUGAUGGGGAUAAGGAGUUCAAUCCGAAUCUAUCCAAGUAUCUGUCCCUCGAAAAUGUCACACCGGCUGGAUUCAACUACCAUCUCAUCUCCGUGUUCGGUUCGCAAUCUACUGGAAAGUCUACGCUGCUCAACAACCUUUUCGGAACCGAUUUUUCUGUCAUGUCCGACCUGGAGAGGAGACAGACCACCAAGGGUAUCUGGUUGUCCAACAACAAGAAGCAGGGCGAAGUCGGCGCACCGGAGCGCAUGGCGGAUAACAUUCUAGUCAUGGAUGUGGAGGGUACCGACGGCCGUGAGAGAGGCGAGGAUCAGGACUUCGAGCGCAAGAGUGCGCUCUUUGCACUUGCAACGAGCGAGGUCCUUAUCGUGAACAUCUGGGAGCACCAGGUGGGGUUGUACCAGGGAGCCAACAUGGGGUUGUUGAAGACCGUUUUCGAGGUCAACUUGCAACUAUUCCUGAAGGACAAGCAUACUUCCCACCGCUCUCUACUAUUCUUCGUCAUUCGUGAUUUCAUCGGCACGACACCACUCAAGAACCUGCAAAAGACAUUAUUGGAAGACCUCGGGCGUCUUUGGGAGACAAUAUCGAAGCCUGCUGGCUUUGAAAAGGCGUCAAUCCAUGACUACUUCGAUUUCCAAUUCUACGGACUUCCGCAUAAGGGUUAUCAACCCGACCAAUUUGUGGCUGAGACGAAGAAGCUUGGUAUGCGCUUCCGCGAAGGCCACCGUGACCCCAAGAGAGACGCGCUAAAGGGCGAGUUCUCCGAGGGUGGUGUUUUCUUGCCCGAAUAUCACCGUCGCAUUCCGGCUGACGGCUUCUCCCAUUACGCGGAGAGCAUCUGGGACCAAAUUGUCAACAACAAAGAUUUGGACUUGCCCACACAGCAAGAGUUGCUUGCACAGUUCCGUUGUGAUGAGAUUUUGCGUGAGGUCAUGAUUGGCUUUGAUGAGGUGAUUAUCGCAUUCGAAGACAAGCAAGCUGAGGCAGUCCGUCUGGGCGCGCCUGAAGUUCUAGGUGGGCUAGGUGUGGCAAUGCGCGGUGCUCGCUCCAAGUCUCUCAAAAGCUUCGAGACUGAAGCUAGCCGUUAUCACAAGGGUGUUUACCAGCGCAAGAGCGCGGAGCUUCUGGGCAAGGUUGAUACUCGCCUCAAGGCACUGUUCCUAGGCCAGCUGUCUGCGGCUCACAAGUCCGGAAUUAGCGAUUUCAGUGAUGCCGUUUCGGCUCUUGUGAAGGAUGGCCAGAAGAAGGGUGGUAGCUAUGACUUUGCCGAAAUCGUCUCAACGCAAGCCAAGGCUGCAACCGAAAAGUUCGAGCAGGUCGCACGAUCGACUGUGGUCGAUGGAGCUUCGUGGAGUAACUAUAAGCAGGAGCUGUCCUUGUAUCAAAAGGAUCUGGCCGAUGUCAGUGCGCGACUGCGCCGCGAUGAAAUGAGACGUUUGGCCACCCGUGUUGAGCGAUGGGUGCAAUCUCGCCUGGGCGAAUCAGUGGGUAUUGAGUUCAAUGCGCUUGGCUCCGGAAGAGCUGGCGCUGGCGCCCCCGAGAACGGAGAGAAGCCCACAGAGAAGGACUUCUGGGACCGCAUCUGGAACCUGUUCGAGGAUACCGUCCUCGAUGCUGAACGCAGAUUCACAGAUCGUGCAAGCAGCUUCGACGCCAGCAUUGAUGAGGUCGAUGUUGGACUGUGGCGUUUGCGUCGCAAGUCAUGGGGUGUUCUUCGCGCCAAGAUCGACGAGGAAAUGACCGAGGGCAAUCUGCUUCUCAAGCUUCGGGAGAACUUUGAGGACAAGUUCCGCUACGAUGACGACGGCGUGCCACGUAUCUGGCGCCCAACAGAUGAUAUCGAGGGAAUCUACACUCGUGCUCGUGAAUCUACAUUGACGGUAAUUCCUCUUCUUUCGCGCUUCCGUCUUGAGAAGACUACUGCACCGCCUCCACUUGAUCGCUGGGUUGGACACACUCCCAGUACCGCGACCUCCGCAGACGAGGAGGAUCUGGUCCCCAUUGGCGGUGUGGACGAAGACGAAGGCAAGAGUCUCGAAGAGGAGAUGACUAUCCUCAGCGACUCUAAGCGCCAAGAGCUCACUGUGCGGUUCAAGAAGGCCGCAGACGGCGUAUACGUUGAAGCCAAGCGGAGUGCCAUUGGUGGUAUCACUCAGGUACCUCUGUAUUUCUAUGGUCUACUACUGGCCCUGGGCUGGAACGAGAUCUGGGCUGUCCUCCGAAACCCCGCCUACUUUUUCCUGCUGUUCGUCUGCGCCAUCGGAGCCUACGUCACUUACACACUUAACCUGUGGGGUCCGAUGCUGAAGAUGACCGAGGCGGCGUCAGCUCAAGCGUUGGUUGAGGGUAAGCGUCGCUUGCGCGAGUUCCUUGAAUCCUCCGACACUGGCCGUCAGGCAAUUGCCAUGUCGGCUGGUGAGCGAGCGGGCUCGGGCCGCAAGGAAGAGUAUGAGUUGUCUGAUAUGCAGAAGGGUGGUUCGAAGGCCAGUGCAGGUGAUGACCUGGAUGACAUGUAA